ACCCGAUCCGAACCCAACGCGGCGCCUCCCACUCGUACGGACCGCCCCUUCGCCCUCGCCUCAUGUCCUCCUCCGCCGGCGACGGCUGCGCGCCCCCGUCGUCGGCGUCCAAGGGCAAGGCCAGGAUGGACGACGACGCCGAAGCCGAAGCCCUGAACUUGGCGCCGGAGGGCGUGCCCUGCGGCAUCUGCUUCACGGACUCGCGGCGGGCGAUCCGGGGCGAGCUCGACUGCUGCGCCCACCACUUCUGCUUCGUCUGCAUCAUGGCCUGGGCGCGCGUCGAGUCGCGCUGCCCCUUCUGCAAGGCGCGCUUCCACACGAUCCGCCGCCCGCCCGUCCCCGGCCGCCUCCCCUCCGAGCGCAUCGUCAACGUCGCCGAGCGCAACCAGGUAUACCAUCCUCGAGGCAAUGUGAGUAGCUUGGUGAGCACUGAUCCUUACGCGAACAGCGGCUGCAGCGUGUGUAACUGCUCCAGUGAUGAGGAUCUGCUGCUCCUCUGUGAGCUGUGCGAUGCGGCUUCACACACGUACUGCGUGGGGCUAGGGACCACUGUGCCAGAGGGAGACUGGUUCUGCAAGGACUGUGCAACAUCCAAGGAGGAGCACUCGAGGUGUCUGAUCGAUGAUGGUGGGUCUAGCGAUCAGGGUGAAAUUGAAAUCACCAUUGAAGUUCCAACUAAUGAGCCAGUUACAGAACCUUCUGUUUCUGGUAUUAUGCAUGAGGGUUACUCUCUGAGUUCAGUGCGCCGCACAAAUACAAGGAGCAGUGGGAUCACCAUUGAAGUUCCAACUGCUGAGGCAGUUACAGAACCUUCCAUUUCUAAUAUUGUGGACGAGGGUUACUCUCUGAGUUCAGUGCGCCGCACAAAUACGAGGAGCAGUGGGAGCACCAUUGAAGUUCCAACUGCCGAGCCAGUUACAGAACCUUCCGUUUCUGAUAUCGUGGAUGGUGGUUACUCUCUGAGUUCUUUGCGCCGCACAAAUACGAGGAGCAGCGGGCCUAUCCCAGUUCCCUCUAUUUAUGAUAAUGCGGAUGAAGAUUACGGGACAAUCCCAGUGCAUGGGACAAAUGCGCAAAGCAGUGGGUGUUUCCCAGUUCCUUCUGUUUAUGACAUUGUGGAUGAUGAUUACGAAAUAAAUCAAGUGCGCAGGACUAAUGCGCGGAGCACCAGACCUGAUAGAAAGGCCAAUGAUUUGCCAUCGCAGGGUACUUCUUCUGAUGGAUCUUACUCUCAUGAAUCUCCUCAAGGGCGAGCCAAUGGUCGUGUAUUGUUGCAUGCCCAUGCUCGCUUUGGAACUGAGAGAGCUAGAACAUUUCGUAAUUCUCGCAAUCUCAGUAACCGUAUAAUGCUGCUGCGUGAGAACUGGCCUGCUCUCCGUGCAGGUUCUGCCGGAUUUGCCACACAUUUACACAACAAUAGUGCUAGUUCUUCUGUUAAAGAGCAUCAGCAGUCUGCGGCACCUCUACCUAAGGAGACCCGUUAUGUCAAUAAGGCAUGGAAAAUGUUGGAAAUUGCAAAGUCUGCUGGUGCAAGGAAGAAAUGUGACAAACCUUCCUCCCUAGACUGCACUCCUCGAUUCUCUAUGGGAAAUAGGUCAACUUCAUUCAGCCCGAUUGAUACAAUCUUAGGACGGAAGAAGCAGAGCCUUUCUCCUACCGUGACUCAGAGAAACAUUAUGAAAUUUGACCGUGGUGCAAGAAGGGAUAAUAUACUGCCCCGGAAAGAUGUUGUAGGGCACUGCGACUUGCCUGAGAAUCGUCAUGUGUUAGUUUGUGAAAGGAUUGGCUCAUUCCAGAGUAGAUUGACAAAUCAGGAAAGUCCAAAUGGUAAAGUUGCCCCAUCAAGCCAUGGUCAACUUGUCGAUCAGACACCAGAAUCUUCAUGUGGCGGUAAAGUUGCCUCGUCAAACCACAGGCGACAUGUUGAUCAAACAUUGGAAUCUGUGCGUGGUACACUCGGAUCAGGGAAACCUAAAACAGAUGCGCUGCAUCCAUCUGCCAACAGUCUAUCGUCCAGUCAUCCCACAGUGAUCUCUCCGCUACAAAUCGUAUCGAGCGCUGGGAGCCAAUCUGAUGCAAAGGUAAACCCUGAGGAACCUUCAGCCGUUUGUGCUUCAACAUCCAAUGGAACUGGUACCGCAGCAGCAACAGUUGAAGUUACAAAAAGUUCUGGACCAGAUCGUGGCGGGUCCAAGAGAAAACAUCAUUCUGGAACACGUGAUGAUCAAGGAUCCAGAAAAUCCAGGGUAAACCCUGAGGAACCUUCAGCCGUUUGUGCUGCAACAUCCAAUGAAACUGGUAACAUGGCAGCAACAGUUGAAGUUAGAAAAAGUUCUGGACCAGACCGUGAUGAGUCCAAGAGAAAACAUCGUUCUGGAACAUGUGGUGAUCAAGGAUCCAGAAAACCCAGGGUAAACCCUGAGGAACCUUCAGCCGUCUGUGCCACAACAUCCAAUGAAAUUGGUACCGUGGCAGCAACAGUUGAAGUUAGAAAAAGUUCUGGACCAGAUCGUGAUGGGUCCAAGAGAAAACAUCGUUCUGGAACACGCGAUGAUCAAGGAUCCAAAAAGGCCAGGAAGAGCGGUAAACUUGCAAAAGGUGAAAUAUCAUGUUUGGCCAUGCUUGAGUUGAAGCUACUCAAGAUAGACAAAACCUAUGGUUCCGACAGAUUUAAGGAAGCUGCUCGAGCAGCAACACACACCGUGUUGGCUUCCUACGGGCUCGAGCACACGCCAUCAGUAGCCCUGGCGCUCCCCAAAGCGAUCUGCAAGCACAGCCGCAGAAGCGAACCUUCCAAAUCGUCAGCGAUAGCCAACACCUGCAAAGAGUGCCUGCGUGGUUUCGUGAAGCAAGCCAUCAGUUCGGUGUUGGCUAGCAAGCAGAUGGAUCAAACUGCUGCCUCUCCCUAGGGUUUAGACGGCGUCUCAAACUAUCCUUUGCACUUGUGAAGGAAGAAUUCUGUUGUUUUUAGCUAGCGUUUAGACACAUGUUGUAUGUACAUUUCCGUAGCGUUGUUUUGGGGUUUCCUAGCUGUGUAGUGGCUGCUUGGUUUGGCCUGAUCAAUGACAAGAAACAUUGUAUUCAAGAAUAAGAAAACAUAGUACUUGAAACAACAGUUGCUGGUUUA